UUAGCUAUCGAAACUGGAAAGUUGAAUUGAAACAAUUACCCACCACCAUAUUGAAAAAUAAAUUAGUUUAUCAAUCAAUUAUGAACUGAUCAUGAGCUAGUGUUAUAGUGUUUUAUUAAGUGUAAACAAUAUAUAUACAUGAUUAAAAAUGGCUGGAAAUUUUGGAAUGCAGCAACUGAUUCCUAUUGUAAACAAAUUACAAGAUGCAUUCGUUCAGAUGGGCGUCCACAUGUCCCUAGACCUUCCACAAAUUGCAGUUGUGGGUGGUCAGUCCGCUGGAAAAAGUUCGGUAUUAGAAAAUUUUGUUGGCAGGGAUUUUUUACCUCGGGGCUCUGGAAUAGUAACACGUCGGCCCUUGAUCCUCCAACUCAUAAAUGCUAAUGCAGAAUAUGCGGAGUUUCUUCAUUGCAAGGGGAAGAAGUUUGUGGAUUUCAAUGAGGUGCGCGGUGAGAUUGAAGCGGAGACUGACCGCAUCACCGGUUCCAAUAAAGGGAUAUCGCCAGUACCCAUCAACUUGCGAGUCUACUCGCCUAAUGUACUCAACUUGACGCUGAUCGACUUGCCGGGCCUGACGAAGGUCCCGAUUGGUGAUCAACCGGCUGACAUCGAGCAGCAAAUUAAAGGGAUGAUCUUCCAAUUCAUCCGCCGUGAAUCAUGUCUCAUUUUAGCCGUUACGCCUGCUAACACUGAUUUGGCUAACAGUGAUGCCCUGAAACUUGCCAAAGAAGUUGACCCUCAAGGUCUACGAACAAUCGGCGUCAUAACUAAAUUAGAUUUGAUGGACGAAGGCACGGAUGCACGUGAUGUACUCGAAAACAAGUUGCUGCCUCUUCGGCGCGGGUACAUUGGCGUCGUCAACCGCUCCCAGAAGGACAUUGAUGGAAGGAAGGAUAUCCAAGCCGCCCUUGCUGCUGAGAGGAAAUUUUUCCUCAGUCAUCCAUCCUACCGACACAUCGCUGAACGGCUCGGCACACCGUACCUGCAGCGCGUUCUGAACCAGCAACUCACGAAUCAUAUUCGUGACACACUCCCCGGCCUUCGAGACAAACUCCAGAAGCAGCUGUUGACUCUCGAGAAAGAUGUGGACCAGUACAAACACUUCCGGCCAGAUGAUCCCUCUAUCAAAACCAAGGCUAUGUUACAAAUGAUUCAACAACUACAAACAGACUUUGAACGCACUAUUGAAGGAUCUGGGUCGGCUCAGAUUAAUACAAACGAACUCUCGGGUGGUGCGAAGAUCAAUCGCCUCUUCCAUGAAAGGUUUCCAUUCGAAGUCGUCAAGAUGGAAUUUGAUGAGAAGGAAUUACGUAGGGAGAUUGCUUUUGCUAUCCGAAAUAUUCACGGUAUUAGGGUGGGUCUGUUCACUCCGGACAUGGCUUUCGAGGCGAUAGUAAAGAAGCAGAUUGGCCGACUAAAGGAGCCUUGUCUCAAGUGCGUUGAUCUGGUCGUCCAGGAGCUCUCCAAUGUCGUCCGAGUUUGUACUGAAAGGAUGUCCCGUUAUCCGCGUUUGCGAGAAGAAACGGAACGUAUUAUAAUGUCGCACGUGCGCUCUCGUGAAUCGAAAUGCAAAGAUCAGUUAGUGUUACUUAUUGACUGCGAGCUCGCUUACAUGAAUACUAACCAUGAGGAUUUCAUCGGGUUCGCUAAUGCCCAGAAUCAAUCGGAGAAUUCUGCUAAAUCGGGACACCGCGCUCUCGGCAACCAAGUAAUCAGGAAAGGAUAUAUGUGCAUACACAAUUUGGGUAUUAUGAAAGGUGGUUCCCGGGACUACUGGUUUGUGUUGACAUCCGAAAAUAUCUCCUGGUUCAAGGACGAGGAGGAGCGUGAAAAGAAGUACAUGUUAUCAUUAGAUAGUCUCAAGUUGCGGGACCUUGAACAAGGCUUCAUGUCGCGGCGGCAUAUGUUCGCCCUAUUCAAUGCAGAGGGCAGGAAUGUCUACAAGGAUUAUAAGCAGCUCGAGUUAUCUUGCGAGAACCAAGAUGACGUUGACUCUUGGAAAGCGUCAUUCCUUCGCGCUGGCGUCUACCCUGAGAAGACCUCGGAAGCAGCUAAUGGUGACGAGAGUGAAGGAUCGGAGAGCUCUGACAGUGCCGUUACAAGUAGCAUGGAUCCGCAGCUCGAGCGGCAAGUGGAGACCAUAAGGAAUUUGGUCGACUCCUACAUGCGCAUAGUCACAAAGACAACGAGGGAUCUUGUGCCCAAAACUAUCAUGAUGCUUAUUAUUAAUAACGCCAAAGAUUUCAUCAACGGAGAGUUGUUAGCACAUCUAUAUGCUUCUGGCGAUCAGUCGCAAAUGAUGGAGGAGUCCCCCGAGGAGGCUCAGAAGCGCGAGGAGAUGCUGCGCAUGUACCACGCGUGCAAGGAGGCACUACAUAUAAUCGGGGACGUGUCGAUGGCGACGGUGAGCACGCCCGUGCCGCCGCCCGUCAAGAACGAUUGGCUCGAGAGUCGUCUCGAAUCCAACCUCUCGCCGCCCUCGCCCGGCGGCAUGCGCCGCGCCGCUCCCGCACAACAAGGAUCGCUUGGUCAGCGUGGGGCUCCGCCACCGCCCGGCGCAGGCACCGGUCGGCCGGCGCCGCCGCUGCCGUCGCGGCCCGGCGGCGCGGCCCCCCCGCCGCCCGCCUCGCGCCCCGGGCCCGCCGCCGGCCUGCCCGCGCCGCUCAUACCCACGCGGCCGGGCGGCGGGGGUGCAGCGGGAGCGGCGAUGGGCGCCAUGAACCAGAUGCCGCCGCACAUGAGGCAGCAGGUGAACCAGGCCGUCGGGCAGGCCGUCACCAACGCAGCCAUCAACGAACUCAGCUCCGCCUUCGCAAGAUUCAACCGCCCAGUGCCGAACGUGCCUCCCAAGCUGCCCGAUCGACCACAGAAUGGACGACCAUUCUGAACGCGCUCUCCUGCCGUCGCAAUGGUAUAAUUAGUUGUAUUGUAAAUAAUUAUCUCCUAUUAAUUUGUAUAUCGCUAUAAUUUUAUUUAAUGCUUAGAAUCCACAAGAAUUUUAUUGGUAAUUUUAAUUUCUGUCUGAUUUACAGUGAAACUAUUUAUGAUCUUAUUCUUAAGAUGUAAAUAUAUAUUUAUUUGGAAAAGUACGUGCUUCUGUAUACAAUUUAAUUAUAGAGUAAUUGGUUGUCUAGCAACUGCAAUACGGGUGGCAUUACAAUUACAUCAUUAUUUCUGUCUAUUUUGUAUCAUUUUGUAGUAAUACUUUAUUACUAUCCAAAAUGUCACUUACUUGAUAAUAUAUUAUACAUCGCACUUUUAAUGGAAAUUGAAUGUUUUUAAUUCAGUUUUGUUUAUUUCUACACAUUAUGUUACUAAUGGUGGUAUUCUGUAUGUAUACAGUAGUCAAAAUAAUACCUAGACAUUAAUAUUAAUACAUAGACACAACUGCCGUUUUGUAAUUAAUAGUACAAUGAAGGCAACUUAAUAUUCUACUACAAGGUGCAGCAAUAUAUGUAACUUAAUCUAUAAUAAAUAUAUAUAUUUGGAAAUACUAUAACCAAUUUGUAAACAUAAGGGUGUAAUUAAAUGGAAUCCUAUGUGCAUUUCGGCUGCACAUGGAUUUAGACAUUCACAGCAAUAGAAAUGUCGUCGUCAUUAAAAAUAUAGCGCUAGUGAUGUUGUUGAUCUUAUAUCUAAGAUCAGUGUUCAAAGAACAAUGACUAAAUUAGUGUUACUCAUAAAUUUGUAUAAAAUAUUGCAUAUGUCAUGGAUUACCAAAAAUAUCCUUACUUAUGUUAUAUACUCGUGAGUUUAUUUAAAGUUUUAAGGUCUUGACAAAUUGCCAUGAAAUUUGGGGUUAAUGCGUGGUUCAUAUCUGUGUUGUAUAUUAACCUAAUUAUUAUAUAUAAUAAAAAAGAUAUUAAUGCAAAUUGACCUAAGAUAAGCAUUAAUUUAGUCAUUGUCAUUUUUACUGUUAAAAUUGGAUAUCAAACCAAAAAAAUUGUAUGUCGCUCCCGGUAUAUAAUCAUAAGUACCUAUAUAUGUGUAAAUUUACCACCGCUGUUAAUUUCUUCUUUUAUAUAAAAAAAAAUACUUUUAAUGUGUAUUGGUAAACAAUUUGAUGGUUUUCUAUGAAACCAUGACAUUGAAUCUUAAAUGGUACGGCUUGUACCAUUUAGGAUUAAUUUACCCCUUCCAGGUAUAAUAUUUAAAUAAAUUUAAACAUUAAAAUUGUUUACACCAGUUCAUUAUUAAAUACCAUGUAGAGUAUUUUUUUUAUAACGCAAGCUAAAUGUGGUAGCAAAUAUUCUAAUAAUUGUACAAAUAUGAAUAAAAAAGACCACGCGCAUUAAAUGUAAUAUAUAUAUGUAUAUAUAUAAUUAUUAUUAUAUAAAUUAUAUGUAACUAUUAACAAUAACAUCAGCAAAAUAUAGUGUUAACGUGACAAUAGCUAAUGGGAAUGGAUUUAACAAUAUCGUUGUUGUAUUAAUGAAACUUAUAUUAUUUGUAGUAGGUGUGUAAUGGACACGAUACGAUUAUAAUCUAAAAUCCAAUAAUAGUGUUCAUAAAACUUACAGUUUUCUGCAAGGCCCGAGUCGAGACAAUUCCGCUUGUCUUGAUUUUUUUACUUUUUUUACCUUUAUCACUGAAAACUCUAGUUUUCAGUGAUAAAGCUAGAAAAAAGUAGCUGGUGAUGAUUAAAAAUAACAAUUAUUGUCAAACUUAAUCCUUAAUAGAAUUAUAAACAUGGCAUUUUAUCACGUGAUGGUGAUCGAUCUCCUUUUGAUCGCUCCUCUGUCAUGAAAUUUCGACUGACGAUGACGGCCGACGUUUAAAUUCUUAGCGGUAACUGAACUCAGACUGAAGUCGUGUCGCUCAGACAUAUUUUUACACAGUGAAACUGCAAGGCCUGUUAUAAUUAGAGAAGAACAGCAUUACCAUAGUUCGUAUGAAUUUAAAAAAUAUACUUGAUCGAGCGGUAACUUUUCUUAAAAACUGUCUCAUGUUCCGUAUUUCCUGCCCUGGUAAAGGUGCAGACUUUAUUGAAUACUUUAGCUCGUUUUUCUAUAUUUAUAAACGUUUCGCGUUACACCUUAUAUGAUAUUGGUAGAAAUUAAUAUUGUAAAUCACUGUUCCUUGUUAUUAUGUAUCGUGCAUCACAACUAAACGAGUAUUUGAAUGGUGUGUAUAGUUAUGAAGUCCGACUGAUAUUGUGAUAGAAUUAUAGAAUGCUUGUGAUAGGUGCUUAAGUUUUGACAAGCGCCUUCUACGAGAUUGUAACUUUUAAUAUAAUCGUGUUAUUGUGCAUUUAGUGUUCUGGUCUGGCGUGUGAAUGUUGUUCAUUUAAUUUGUAGAUAAUUUGCAAAUGUGUAGGGUAUCCUUUGGUCUAUUGGAUUGAGCAAUAAUUACAGACGUGGUUUCACAGUGAGAAUAUAGAGAUUAUAACAAUCUGAAGACAUACGGCGGAAUUUAUAUUAUUCUUCUGUAUAAAUACCUUCAUACAUUUUAGAAACAAUAAAAAAAAUUGAAAUCUAAACUGUUGUAUAUCACGUCUCUUUACAUAAUGUGUAAAGUUGUAUGUGACAUACCUAUACAGCAUAUGCCUCUUAUGACUCGCCUUUAGGUCUCUACGUCUAAGUAUUAUAUUGUCAUCAUAGUUAUAUUAAGUACUAUCUUGUUUCCUUCACAAUAAAAUGCUAUAAUGCUAUCCUAUCGACUUGUGUCCUGCAUGACAGACCAGUUGAAGGCAAGAGGUAGGAUGGUGUUAUGUACAUAAUCUAGUGAGUAAAAGCUCCUACCAUCUAGUAAGUUAAUCUUACAAAAUUACUUUUGCAGAUAUUGUUGCAUAAGUGAUAUGUAAGUUUAUAAUUAUUUUUAUACAUUCCCAAAGCUCCAAUUCACACGCCGGCUCUAUGUGUAUAUACAUGUAUAAAACAAUGUAAUAUGGAUGGACCUGUUUAUACUUUGUGUACUGUUGUAUGCAACAAUAAA